AUGCAUGCAUGGGUCACUAGCAACGGGGGCCAUAGCAGCCAACCCAUCGCUCAUGCUCCUGCUGCUUACGGUGGUGCUGUAACCAGUCCUACAAGGGAACAAGGCCGCCAGAGCCAAUCCCCUCCGUCUCAACGGUCAUCCCCCCACCAACCCAAGUAUCAGUCGCGUGCACCUAUCGUCAAUUCAAACAACACACGACACAUUGCCGCAGCAGCAGCUCGACUCCCUACUCGUUCUGGAGCUGGCCGUCUGGGACAUCUGCGAGAGGCCUCUCUUAACAUGGAAAGAAGCAGAACCAACUCUGCGGACCCCAAUCCAGUGCAUGUGUCCCAUAAGCAACGACCAUUUUGGGAAGAGUCAACUGUGGAUGGCUCUCUGUUUAGCGAUACAGCCAGCAACAUUGAAAGCAGAGCAGGCGCUCAGUUGGGCUUGCCAACGUUUCAAGACAAGGACCCCAAACCACGAGAUAAGCCACGUCAUCGCUCUACGAGAAGAGCUGCGGACGAGCUGGAGCAGGCGAUGCCUUUCACUAUUGGCGACAACGGCAUGAUCGAUGUGGUGAAAACCCCGCUCCAUAGGAGCUCUUCCACGCCCGAACCCAGACUCCGAGGUAGCUCCAAGGGAGCGUCCCAAGGCCUUGAGUUGUACGUGGAAGAUACUCCGUCUCAGGCCGGUCUUGAAAAGUCGCCGCCGAGAACCCUCAACCAUCAUCGCGCGCAGAUGCCUCUUCGGACUACUCAACGAACAUCUUUUCCAGACCGGACCUCGUAUCCGACUGCACAGAACGAAAUGUCUUCUCCUCCAGAUCAUGCCUAUCAGACCCCCGGAGCCGGGCUGACAGAGAUACUAUCGGACGACGUUGAACACUUGCGAGCCACCGAUCACGACCCUCAUCGAUCAACAAUGUUUGAGAAUAUCGAUACUCCCAUCGCCAGCCAUCCAGAAUCCGAAGCUGCGGAAUCUGAGGCUGAAAACGAUGAAGAUCCGCAGCUCACACCGAAGCAAGCUACCAGGAAACCGCAGGAGGUUAAUCGCUUACUUUUCGGUAGAGGCGGCAAGGGUGUUCACAGUCUUCAUGAAAGUGCGAUGCCCCGUUCAAAGCCCGAAAACCGUCAUUCCGUGCCUAAGAAGCGACAACUGGAGCCGGAUCCAAUGGUUGAGCAAAACGCCGCGAACAUGGACGCAAAGUUGGAUUACAACGAUGGCGAGCUGGCUGCGAUGAGAUACGAGGAUCUAAAACAGCAGGAGUUCGACUACGACCCUGCCCAGGUGGAAGCUCAAUCGGUCGAUCUACCACCUCAAGGCACUCUGCCGGAGAAGCUAAGGUAUUUCCAAGACAAGGGUCAAGAAACACAAGCUGUCUUCUUCAGCAAGAUGUCCCUCAAAGACUGGGAUGAGUCGGGUGAUUGGUUUCUGGAAAGAUUUGGCGACAUUGUGAACCGUCUCAAAGAGGCGCGUCUUGCCAAGCGACAAACGGUGGAGGCGUUCGAAGACGAGAUCGCCGAACGGGAGUCAGCUGUGCGGAAUAAGGUCCACGUCAUUGGUCGGACUCUUACGGAUUUGAAGAGCGAGGGCGAGGGUCUUAUGAGAGGAAAAGAUAUAGAUUGA